CGGCGUGGGCAUGUUGGGCCAGCAACGACAAGGGUUCUCUCUCUCGCCCUCCCUCUCGUUGUCCGAGAGGACCCCGAGACGGCUCAUGGAAUAUCGCGUGGGCGGCCAUCGACUGACCCGCUCGGCUUUCUCUCGGCAUUCUCUCGGCUUUCUCUUCAGGGCAUCCCCGGCUAUUCGUCUCGGCGUCCAUCUCUCUCAGGUGCCUCCUUCACCGUGCAUACCCUUCGCAGACCCAACCAAGACCGCUCGAGCGAACCGCCGCCAAUGCUCGGCCAACACCCUGAAUCUGCGCUUCUCAACCAUGAUAUCCUCCCCAUUGUGCUCUCAAACACCGCCUUCAUCGGCGCUCUUGAUCUGCCGACCUUUACCCGGCUUCUUCGAACGAGCCAGCAAGCCAGAGCCAUCCUCCAUCGUCCGAGAACAUGGUACUCCGUCCUGGUUCGGCUGCUGGGCCUCCCUUCGGGCUUCUUCAAGGACGUGCAUCCCGCUGUGAAUGUGUUGGUCGUUCUUCGCGGGCUGUAUUGCUACUGCAGCCGCCCCGACCCGCUCUAUCCCCGAUCGCUGGCCAUCCACCAGAUCGAGUUUGGGCUCUGGUGGGGGCUCUGCCGAUGCAAGGUGCUCUGGUUGCGGGUCCUGAGAUACUGCCACGGCCGCAACAAGCUCUGGCCAGGCUCUCAUGAUCAAGAGUGGCUGAUAUGGCAGAAGCGGGUAUAUCCAAGCUCGAUGUCGGACCAAGAGCGGUUCCAGCUUCUCGACAGCGCGCGCAUCCUGCAGGCCAGAAGUCAAACCGCCAGCUCGAGGGUGGUUAUCAUCCGGUUUCGCCAGCACCCUCUCUUUUACAACCACCAGUUCUUCCGGCUGCUGCCGCACGAACUCUUCCAGCUCGUCACGCUGGGCAAGCGAAAUCUGUGCUUAUACGACUGCACCUUUGCCUCGCUUUCGGGCUGGCCCGCCGAGCUCCCUCAGGUCGAGCGGCUGCGGGUCUUCAACUCGGGAUCGUUUACUCAGUACUGGGACUGGACAUGCAUCCCCAGCAUGCCGAGUCUGCGCGAGUUCAGCCCGCCGCAAUCCCUGGAAAGCCUCGACGGGAUCGAGGCGGCGUUACCGCCGCUGCACAGGCUCGACCUGUCUGAUUGCUGGCGACUCAAAUCCCUGGCGGGGCUUUCGACCAUGGCAAACUGGAGCACCCUCAUUCUGCCUCCGUCGCUGGAAAGCCUCGUCGAGCUCGGUCAGUUCACCAACUCAUUCAACGUGAUCGACAUGUCGUCUUGCCAGCACAUCACCACAUUUGCAAGCUGGCCCAGCACAUUGCCGCAACUGGGAGGUCUCGUCGUCCCUUCUUCGCUUGAAAGCCUGGAGGGAAUGCCCGAAUCCAUGGACUUGAUCUUUCUCGACAUGGACACCGGCAAACUUACUUCCCUGAAGGGCAUGUCGCAGAACCUACCCAAUCUGCGCAUGCUGAGUACUCCUUGGAGGCUCACCAGCCUGCAAGGUCUUCCUGCAACCCUGGACUCGCUCGAGAAUCUCAAUCUGAAGGCUUCCGUUCAUCUCAAGAACCUGGUCGGUCUGCCUGAAGCCCUCCCUGAACUCCGGCGACUGGAGCUUUCGGCCAACCUCGAGAGUUUACAAGGCAUGACUGUAUAUCUUCCAUCACUUCUUGAUCUGAACAUGUCCAAAUGCAAGAUGCUGAAGACUGUCGCAGGCCUCCCGCAGGAUUUCCCCGCUCUCCUGGCGCUUGCCCUUCCGCCAUCGCUCGUGUCCUUGCAGGCACUCGACACCGCAGUCUUUCCAAGUCUUCAGCGCUUAAUGCUGAGUCAGUCGCUCGUCAAGACGGUCGAUGGAGCUGCGUGGCUUGCGCGAACAACAGAGUCUUGCCCUGGCCUUGAGGUCGCGUUGUAUUCCGAGUAGUUGUGAAUCCGUGAACCGAUGUUGUCAAAAUACAGUUCCUCCAAGACAAA